AUGAGGUUCCAGCUUCUCUCUGGGGAGCUUGGGGACGGCGCCGGCAGCCCGCCCGACGAUCCAUACAGCCUGGACCCAAAAUUCAGCGAUGGCGACGGCCCAGGCGUGUCAUCCCUCCUGGAGAGGGACCGCAAACCGGUGGAGCUGAAGGAGGACGCCUUUGCGGCAUUUGCAGAUGAUCCCGCAGCAGCGACAAGCACUAGCGGCAAGCAGGCGGAGGCAGAGGCGGCCGCGGAGGCAGAGGCGGCCGCGGAGGCGCAGCAGGAGAAGGGGCAGCGGGGGCCCGCGUCCAAGCGUGCCGACAAGCUGCGGGGGGAUGCCGGCACGCCGCAGCGCGCCCGCGAAGCGAUUGAUCUGGGCCUGAAGAAGUUCCAGCAGAAGGAGUACGCUGCCGCCAUCGACCUGUUCCAGCUAUCGCUCGAGCUGCCGGGCAGCGGCUUGAUGCGCUUGAGCGGCAGCGUGCGCGAGUACAGCUGCCCCAGCGAGGGCGAGGAGAAUGCGGCGCUGUACAACAUGGCCUGCUGCUGGGCGGCCCUGGGACAGAAGCAGUCGGCGCUGACUGUGCUGGAGGCGCUUCUGGAUAACAACUUUGACGACCUUGCCGCCAUCCGCGGCGACCCCGACCUGGCCAGCCUGCGGGGGCCCGAGCUGGAGCAGAUGCUGGCCAAGCGCGACGGCUUGUUGGCAAAGUUGUUUGGGGGCAAGAAGAAAGAGCCCAGCAGCAACAAGCCCUGGAUCCAAUGGUGA